AUGGAUUUAGCUCUUCUGAUGAUUCUCUUAUUCAUUGUCGCUGGUGAUCCUUCUAUUGUCUCUGGAUAUAGAUCCAGUGAGACAGACAAGCUAGCAUUGCUUGAAAUUAAGUCUCAAAUAACUGAGGAUCCUUUACAGGUCACGAGUUCAUGGAACGAGUCCCUUCAUUUUUGUCAAUGGCGAGGAGUUUCUUGUGAUCCAAGGCAUCGAAAAAGAGUCACUGAGUUGAGCCUAAGAUCCUUGAGUUUGAAGGGUUUCUUAUCUCCAUCUAUUGGGAACCUCAGUUUUAUUAGAAGCAUUGAUCUUUUCAACAACAGUUUCCAAGGAGAAGUUCCAUACCAAAUAGGUCGUUUAUUUCGAUUACAACAGAUUGUUCUCGAAAAAAACCUGUUAGGAGGGCAAAUACCAACUAGUUUGUCAAACUGUUCUCACUUGAGAGUCCUAAACUUGGGAUUCAACCAAUUUAGUGGGAACAUUCCUUCUGAGAUUGGUUCUCUGUCAAACUUGGUUCAACUGACUCUUCUAGCAAACAAAUUGGAGGGCAAUAUUCCACUCAAUCUAGGCAAUCUCUCAUAUCUUCAAGAACUUAAUAUUUCACGAAAUAACCUGAGUGGAAACAUUCCAGCAUCAUUAGGCCAUUUGAAGAUCUUAAUUUGUCUUGGUAUUGCUGAGAAUAAGUUAUCAGGUAUGGUCCCUCAAUCCAUUUAUAACCUUUCUUACCUUGAAGCAUUCAUUGUUAGUAAGAAUCAACUUCAUGGAUUCUUUCCUCAUAACAUUGGCUCCACUCUUCCUAAUAUUCGCUUCUUUUACGUAUAUGAAAACCAAUUUAGUGGACGAAUUCCAAUUUCAUUUUCAAAUUUUUCAAACCUAGAGAAGUUACAGAUAAGUUCCUACGGUUUGGUGGGAGGGCUUCCUGCUAUAUUUGGAUAUUUCAAGAAGCUUAACAUGGCAAUUAUUUUUGAUACUAGUCUUGGAUCAAGAAAAGUUGAUGACCUUGAUUUUUUAACCUCUUUCACCAAUUGUACCAAUCUCAUAUCACUUUUAUUGCCAAACAAUAACUUUGGUGGGGUCUUGUCUAAGUCCAUAGGAAACCUCUCAGCUCAACUUGAAUAUUUUGAAUUAGACCAUAACCAACUUUCAGGAAACAUUCCUCCUAGUCUUGGCAAUCUAUUAAGCUUAAAUGCGGUAUCACUAUUUCAAAAUCGUCUUACUGGAGUCAUCCCUGUGACCAUUGGAAAACUUCAUAACUUAGUCGAAUUCGGUUUGGGUAGUAAUGAAUUAUCAGGGGAAAUUCCUUCAUCAUUUGGAAAUCUCACUCGGUUAAGCAGCCUUUGGUUAGAAAACAACAAUCUUCAAGGAAACAUUCCCUCGAGUCUUGCAAACUGUCGAAGCUUACAACGUUUAUCCCUUUCUAGCAACUUUCUCAACGGUUCCAUUCCUCCAGAUGUAAUUGGGUUAUCGUCUAUAUCUUUUUCAAUAAAACUCUCUAGAAAUCGUCUCACGGGAACUUUACCUCCAGAAGUUGGAAAAUUGAAAAAUCUCGUUGAGUUGCGAAUUUCACACAAUGAGUUGUCUGGCAAAAUUCCAAAGAACCUUGGAGAUUGUGAAAGCUUACUAUGGCUAUACAUGGAUCAUAAUAAGUUUGAAGGAACAAUUGAUUCAUUGAGUUCAUUGAAAGCAAUUGAAGAACUCGAUCUUUCAAACAAUAACUUGUCAGGAACAAUCCCGAAAGACUUCGCCAAGUUAGUCUUUUUGUUAAUGUUAAAUCUCUCUAACAAUGAUCUCGAGGGCCAAGUACCGAUUGGAGGAAUUUUCAAUGCUAGUGGGAAUAUUUCUCUUGCUAGUAAUGACAAGCUUUGUGGUGGUAUGGCUAAAUUAUCCUUACCACCUUGCUCUGUAGUGACAUCAAAGUUAUCUCUUGUAAGAAAGUUGAUAAUCUCCAUAGUUUGUGGCAUUUUCGGACUAUGUUUGAUGUCAUAUCUUUUGAUUCGUUGCUUGUCUAGAAGACAUAAAAAAGAGCCUUCAAAGUCUUUGUGGAAUGAUGUUCCAUUCUUGAAUAUUUCUUAUGGAGAGCUCCUCAAAGCCACUAAUGGGUUUUCUCCAGAAAAUCUCAUUGGUACUGGCAGUUUUAGCUCAGUGUUUAAAGGAAUUCUUGAAGCAACUGAACUAUCCGUAGCAGUGAAGGUCUUUAACCUGCAAAAAAGAGGAGCUUCCAAGAGCUUUAUGGCUGAAUGUGAAACAUUAAGAAGUAUUCGACAUCGAAAUCUUAUAAAAAUCAUAUCUGCUUGCUCGAGUGUUGAUUACCAAGGUAAUGAUUUCAAAGCUCUCAUCUACGAGUUCAUGUCAAAUGGAAGUUUGGAUGAUUGGUUACAUCCAAAGCCACAAACAGGAGAAUGUCAAAUAAAAAUUUUAACCUUGUCCCAACGACUAAACAUGGUCAUUGAUGUGGCAUUGGCAUUAGAUUAUCUUCACAACCAUGGUGAAAUGCCAAUAGUACAUUGCGACCUUAAGCCAAGCAACAUUCUUCUUGACCAAGAUAUGACUGUCCAUGUUGCUGAUUUUGGUUUGUCAAGGAUUAUGGAAGAUGAUGAUACCCAAGUCUCUCAACCAAAUUCAAGCUCUAUUGCAAUAAGAGGAACAAUUGGAUAUGCAGCUCCAGAAUAUGGCACGGGAAGCAAGAUCUCGUCCGAGGGAGAUGUGUAUAGUUUUGGUAUCCUCUUGUUGGAGAUCUUCACAGGGAAAAGACCUACCGAUGAUCAUUUCGAAGAUGGCUUGAGUCUUAAUCAAUUGGUCAAAAGAGCUUUGCGCAGAAAUGUAGUGAUGGACAUUGUUGAUCAAAGUCUACUGAUAGAAUUAGGACAAGAAGACGAGGAAGCGUCUAGCAGCAACACGGUGAUGGAAAAAAGUAGACGCAAAAUACAUGAAUGUUUAGUUUCAAUUCUUGCAAUUGGUGUGAAAUGUUCAGAAGAAUUAUUAAGAGAGAGGAUGAAGAUUAGUGAUGCCCUUAAGGAAUUGCAAGAAAUUAAAAGUGUGGUUCUUAAAAAUAUCUAAGGAAACUGUUAAAGAGGUGUGUUCACGAAAAAAGAUUAUCACCAACUCACACUAUUCACUGCACCUUCGUUUCACUUUUGUGUUGGUGUCGUUGUUUUAUUGUGUUUUCGAUGUUGUUGCUUUGGUUAGUAAUUUGUUUUUGCUAUUUAAAUUGGUUCAUUUCUUCUGUCUUUAUGUACUUUGUUGUAAAAAAAUAGAUUUGGUCAAGACAUGUUGCAAUAGUUCAAAUAUCUUUUGUUUUUAAACUUAGUAUUUGCAGUUUGUAAUGAUCAAAGCCUGCGAGGCUUCCAAUAAAAAUACGAAAUUCUAGUUCU